UUUCACUCGGCCGCAGCUCGGAUAGUGAACCUUGAUGAUCGUCUAGCCAUAGCUGACAUCUGUAUGAUGAAACCUGGAUGCAAUCUAGAGAUAUGGAUCAUGGAUGCACAAGAAGAAACAUGGAGUAUGACUUACUCCAUAACUUUAGCACAUAAAUUUAUUCCAAUGCACGGGAGAGUUAUAGAGGAAUGGUCAACGAUGUUCACGCCAUUGGCUGUUUCUAAGGAAGGGAGUCUUUUCUUCUAUGACACUAAGAAGAGGUUGUUCAAAUAUGAUCCAGAGACGGACUUCCUCUGUUGCCUCUCUUCAGAUAUUUGUGUUAUCUCUCCUUUUGUCGAAAAUUUGGUGCGUUUACAUCCAGGAUGUGUUCCGAAAACCCGGCCACCUGGGUGCAGCAAUGGACGUAGCUGUCUAAAUCAGGUACCGGGCUCCCGGAUAUCUAAACGGAUCAAACUGCAGAUCCCUAAUAUUUUACUUACCUCUACUCUAGUGUCUAAUUUGUUUUGGUUACAUUUAUAG